UGCGUGAUUCUCGUAACUACUUGAAGAUUUUUAUUAAUUUGUUUUAAAACUAGGUAUUGUUAUAAUGUCUGUGAAAAAGUCGACUAAAUUGAACGUCAUGUCUGAUGAUUUAGAUGAAUCUCACUAUGGAAAAUUCUCACCUAAAAACAAGAAGGUUCAAAAGCGCCAGAGAAUUGAAGCACAAGAAGAGGGAAAUCCAACAACUAAUAAUACCACCGUAUUUAAGAAAAAGCGAAACGAUGAAAGCAUCAAAAUUGGCGGCGAACCGCGUCGAAAACUAGUAAAUGCAAUGAAUGAACAAAUCGUAACGAGAAAACAAACGUACGAAAAUUUACUCAGAAGUUUAAUGGAAGUUGUAACUAAUCUUGAGGCAGAUUACAAUGUUUUGAAAGAAAAUGAACAAAAGCUAGAACAAUUAACGGCAUCUUUCAUUAAAUGCAUUCAACAGGCUACCAAUUCUCACAAACAAAAAUUGAAGACUUUAAAAGAAAUCCAUGGUGCAUUUAAAAAAGAAUGUGAAGAAAUGGAAGCAGAUCAUAAAGCGGAAACCAAUAAACUUGGAGAAGAAUUAGAAGAGGAUAUGAGAAAAUUAGAAGAGAAUCUUGUUGCAAAAAUUAAGCGCAAUGAGUGGGAAAAUUUGCAAAAAAAAUUCUUUCAAGUAAUGCGAAACCAUUGUUGAUAUGUUAAAAUUCCUAUUUAUUAAUUUAUUCUAUAAUUCCAAGUUUUGCAACUUCGCAAUCUCUUUCUCUAUUUUUGUAAUAUUAAUUUUAAUUUGUGUUUUGAAUAAAUUACUUUAAACUGCUAUUUCGUUUCAUUUACUUCUUUUAGCAUAAACAAGCACAAGGUUAAGCCUAAUAUAAUAUCCACAUUUUUACUACCAA